AUUUCUCAUGCUCUCUACCUCUAUAUAUAACUCUUCAUUCUACCACAAUACAUAUAUCAUUCCAGUCUUUCAAAAACAUACUCAACAAUCAACUACAGAAUUGCUGAAAUGGCAUCAAGAAGGAUUCUCAAAGAGCUCAAGGACUUGCAACGAGAUCCCCCAACCUCAUGCAGUGCAGGACCUGUAGCACAUGAUAUGUUCCACUGGCAGGCAACCAUAAUUGGUCCAAAUGAUAGCCCCUAUUCUGGUGGUGUUUUCCAAGUCACCAUUCAUUUCCCACCUGACUAUCCUUUUAAACCUCCCAAGGUUGCCUUCAGGACCAAAGUUUUCCACCCGAAUAUAAACAACAAUGGCAACAUCUGUUUGGAUAUACUCAAAGAUCAAUGGAGUCCUGCACUUACCAUAUCAAAGGUUCUACUAUCAAUCUGCUCACUGCUCACUGAUCCUAAUCCUGACGAUCCUCUAGUUCCAGAAAUAGCUCACAUGUACAAGACAGACAAGAACAAGUAUGAAUCCAUGGGUCGCAGUUGGACUCAGAAAUAUGCAAUGUUCUGAACAAGGCUGGUCAUAUUCCAGAAACAUACAAAGUGCUGAUGAUAAGGCAUAAUUACGCAAUCGCUCAGCUUCUUAAUAAUCAUAAUUUUCUUUUUACUACACCUGCGGCAGAAACUGCCAUGCUAUAAUUCUACAUAAGAUACAUAAUCAGAUGUAAUUCCUUUUCUAUUUAUGCCACAAACUAAUUAAAUGCUACAACAGCUGUUCUUA